AUGGCGGCGGCGGGGCCCGGCGGCCGGGCCGCGGUGCCGGCGCGGCGGGGGCGGCGGCGUCGGGGGCGGGCCGGGGCUGCGGCGGAGGAGGACGACGAAGUGGUGUUAGCGGUGGCGGAGUGCCCGGUAUGCCGCCAGGCUCUGGUAGAGGCGGUGACGCCGCCCUGCCGCCACUCUCUCUGCCUCGCCUGCUUCCAGCGCUGCCUGCAGGGCCCGGGCCUCUGCUGUCCGCUCUGCCGCAGCCGUCUCUCCACCUGGGCCCGCCGCCAACAGGCCCGCACCGAGCCCGCCGCGACGACGGCCGCCGGAGGAGGCGGGGAGCAGCGGCCGCCGGACCAAGACUUUAUAUUCAGAGCACCCAUUAAAUUAAGCAAACCAGGGGAACUCCGAGAAGAAUAUGAAAGCCAGCUAAGGAAGCUGAGAGAAGAAAAACUACAAGAAGAAAAAGCUUCCGAGGAUCUGAUUCACAAGUUCAUUCUGGAUGACAUGGACGUAGGAAAAAGAAAAAUGGAAGAACAGCAGAAAAAAGAUGAAUCUUUAGCGCUUAAAGUGAACCAAGACUGUUUUCCUGAACGUCUGUCGGAUUCAGAGAAUGAAGAACCAUUCCAGGGCAAGCAAACACAUCGGUCAGCUUUUGUUUCCAAGACCAGUGCCUACUCCUUUGCUUUCCUUUCAGGGAACCUAACCGCCAAGGUGGAAAGGAGUCGGAGCUGCAACGACACCAUUCAGGAGAGAUCAAAGAGCAGGCAGAGAUCAACCCCAGCCAACAAAACAAAGGUGCCACCCGUCACCAGCACAUCAACGCCGUUGGUUGGAGUUUUGUCGUCCACCCAAAACAACCGCUGCCUCUCCGCCCCAGACCUGACGGCAGAGAAGCGCCUGGUUCUCAACCCCGUUUCGUCCCUCUCGGCCCUGCACAAGCCAGAGCGAUCCAUCAGCCCUGAGAGCAACGACAGCAUCUCAGAAGAGCUCAACCACUUCAAGCCUAUCGUCUGCUCCCCGUGUACUCCUCCAAAGAGGCUUCCUGAUGGCAGAGUCCUGAGCCCUCUCAUUAUAAAAUCCACCCCGAGAAACCUGAACCGGAGCCUGCAGAAGCCAACCACCUAUGAGGCCAGUCCUAGAAUACUGAAAAAAUGGGAGCAGAUAUUUCAGGAGCGACAGAUCAAAAAGACUCUCUCUAAAGCGACCCUUACGUCCUUGGCUUCGGAGCCUGGGGAAGACGUCACAGUUCCCGACGUCACCAACUCCAGCACUUGCACUAAAGAGCAGCUGCACGUGCAGGAUGAUCAUCUUCCUCCUGAUGCAACAGGAGACCCUCGCCCCGAGCUGGAUUUCUUUCCUUCCAUCAGCGAAACGAAGCUGGGAAGAGGGAGUGAGAAGAGCAGAGAUUCACAGGCCUUAACGACAGACGACAGCGCUGCUGAACCAGAUGCGAGAUCAAACGUCACCUCCCUAAACACGCGAGUGUCUGAAGUCCCUGACCUAAAAGUGAACACGUUCACGGACAAAUCCUGUCUUAGUCUUGGCCCGAAAAUGCUGAGCAGAAGACUUACGGGCGUUAGCGCGUCGCUGCCUGACAACAGCACGCUAGGAGUCCCCGUCAAGACGUCGGGAAAAAAGCAGCUGAAAUACCUGAACAACAGCGAACUGAUCAACGUACAGAACAGCACCUGCAAUUCCGUUGAGAACAUCAUCGGGGAACAGCCCCCGUCACUGCGACGGGGCCGGAAGAGACGCUGCAAAACGAAGCACUUGGAGCACAACGGCUCCGUCAAAAGACUGAGGCACGGGGCAGGGGAGGUGGGCUUGCCUCCGGAGGAUCGCUUGGUACGAGAGAUGGAGCAGAAGCUCCAGCAAGAGGAGGAGGACAGGAGGUUGGCCCUGCACCUGCAGCGGAUUUUCGACAGUGAGAAUAGGACAGUGGAUAGGCGGAAAGUCAGAGUCGAUCGGUAUCUGCUGCGGUCAAAGAGCACUCUGGGCGCUAAGUAGCGCUGGUGGACAAUGUUGCCUUUCUAGAGGACGAUGAGGUUUAUGAGAUUAUCUUAUAGGAAAACUAUUUUUUGUCAUACUUCCACCCACACAAUUGUUUUUUCGUUUUGGUGGUAAGACAUUUGUAGGUCCAGUUCAGAGAGAAGCCAGAGUCCUUUCAGAUUAACAAAAAAAAAAAACCCCAAACCAAGAAAGAGAAAAAAAUCCUCCAGCUUUCUGGUCCAUGGGUCUGAAAGAAGUGUCCGUCGUCCCCGUGAAUACACUGCAACGCCUCUGUGUCGGUGACAUUGGGGUUCCCCAGCUGGGAGGGUUGUGUGAGCAGUAUGUGGGGUACGGGAUAAGGACCUCGUCCUUCCUUGCCUUGCCGCUUCAAUAUGCCAAGAGAAAUCGGAGCUCUACUCGCAGAGAGGAAAGUAAGGUCUUUCUGUCCUAGAAACAGUCUUUUCCUCUCCGCCUGCCCCGUUUUCUGCCUUAUGCUGCAGCUGGCUGUGGUGGUCGGACCGUUACCCACGUCAGCGCGUUCGAGUGAGCUGAUCGAGGGCUCUUGGGAGGGAGGCUGCUCCGUACCAAACAGAUCCACCCGUAGUACUUACAAAUGAAUGUAUCUCACUGUCUGCACCAGCAGUACAGAUGAUAGGUUACUUUCUUUAAGCAGAAAGCCAAAUGCAGUGAAGAAAGACAUAAAAUAAGGAUUUUACUGAAAAGCCUUAUAGGAACUCAUAUGUUCCCGUUAGUGGCACGGCAGAGAGCUCGGGCAGAGCAGCUGGGAGCCGUGCCCUGGGCACUGUGACCCAGGGAGCAAAUGCAGCUUUUCUCCCGGUCCCUGCCUCUUCUGAGCCAAGAGGGUUUCACGUUCUUCCCACCAACACUGAAACCUAGAAAGGGGAACGCUGGCCAGGUGAUUUUGGGAAGGAAGUUCUCCCUAUCGACACGCACCCUGCAGGUUUUGCUCAGUUACGAGAUCUCUCAGCACACCUAAGACCUGUCCUUAAAUGCCCGAGAGCGACCCGAGGAGGAAUCCUGGGGUACCUGAGGCAUCACCAUCCUCUCCCAGGCACCCGAUGGGUUGGCGGUAGAGUUGGGACCGGAGCCCGGCUCUCCCGGCCCGCGAGUGCUCGGGGCGAUGCAAGCCUGCCCUGCCCCUGCUCCGAGCUAGCUGUCUUCAGAUUCAAACCACUAAGAAAGCUCAGGUGAGCAAUGCACUAAAAAUUUCUACUUAAAGGUAUGAAGUUGGGCACAGCAGCCUGGACCGGAGCCUGGGCUUGGUGGAGCAUGUGUUGUCUGCCCAGAUGUGACCUUCGGUGGCAGCUCAUCCUCUGGGCUCUUCGUGUUUCUAACGCUCUUCUCCAUCGGCCAUUAAUACCGCAAUAAUUACGUUGAUUAUUUCCAGUAAUCAGGUUAAAAACCCCAUCAUCUCAACUUGAUACUUGAAAGCUGCCUUGCAGAGUAUUCACUGGGGACCCUCGGUGUCCGCAGGGACCUUCGUCCGGAGCGGAGCCUGCGGUGUUUUAACGAUCUUGCUGACCCGUGUGCCAGAUGAUGAGUGGUAUUUUCAGGACGUAACUGAAGCGCAGUGCUGGGGCAAACGUACCGAGAUCCGUGGCGCGAAGGGAGGACAGCCGAUGCAUUUAAACAGGUGGAGCUGAUCUAAGAGAACGGUUGUUGCCCAAAUUCCUCUCUAAAAAAUGGUUGAAUUUCUCCCUCUCUCUUAAACGGUUAAAAACAAAAUGAGAACUGGUUUUCUUUUUCUCUCCUGGCAUACUUGCGUAACUGCAAGGACCCUGGCGCUUUUUUCCUAAUUGAACUGGAUAUUUUUAAAAAAAAAAAAAAAAGAAAUCUUAUAUUUUAAUGGAUAAAAUUUAUAUAUUUUAAAUACUAUAUUUCAACAGAUUGACACUUUCGUUUUGAGAAAUCUUAUAGCAAUGAUUCCGUAAUAUAUAUCUAUCCCUGUAUCUCCUUAACACACAAACUACUGGAUGUUUAAAGUCGUACCUAGGGCCGCCUAGACCUGGCCUGCUCUGCCUACGCCCCGCGGCUCGUGGGCGAUGGCUUUCCGUGCCCUCUCACGCGCCGCAGCCUCGUUAGGUGCUGAUUGAAGCAGGCGCUUUUGACCCAAACUGAAUCCUGCUCCUGUACCCAGCUGUGAAUUGGAAGGAAGUGAAGUCAUUAAAGCCUCCACCGGACAUAGAAGAGCAGCGCAGAGAGUAGCGGCGAUGGCCCGGAUCUGCCCUUUGCAGUGAAGUAAGCUCAGGAGGGAAAUUCACGGCUUUUACUCAGAAUUCAUGCCGGUUUUUUUCCCAACAUUUUGAGUUAAAGCAUGCACUUCUCAAAGCAUGCAUCUAGAUUUAUAAUUAUUUUUACAGGCCUCCUUCCCCACAGUUGAUCCCUUGAGCCCAGAUCAAAACUUCCCUAAACAGUUUCCUUCUUUCUCACGGCGCUUGUGUGGUUUCAUCCAGGCUCGGGCUGCCAGGGCUCUCUGAGCAAGCCUGCACCACAAAAAACUAGAUUUACACGCGGAAUGUAGCCUUUCUUUCCCCUCUUAAAAUAGAUUUCGCAGUCCAAUGCAUCAGGCCAGUGUCUUAAAUAGCUUCUUUUUAAAAGAUGACAUAAAUAUUUAGAGGUUUUUGUGUGUUAAUUUCCUCUUUUCUAAAUCCGAGCGGAAGUGCGGGAAGCGCUGCCUGAGCUGGAGCUUGUCCCCAGCCAAAAAAAGCUUAACGGGCCACCUUGCGCCCCCGGCUUCCCAAACCUCGGCUCCCUAAGCAUCACGCGCGCUCCAUUUCAUCCGCGUUGAUGGAGCCCUUUGGACGUGGCAUCGCAAACAUGUCGUGGAAGGGUUGCGGCGGCAGCAGCUCUCAGUAGAGCAUCAGGGUGGGAUCGAUCUUUCCCCGUGAAGUCGCACGCCCGCAGGUUUUUAGCCCGAUGAAGCUGCUGGCUGCAUUUCUACGUUCGCUUCUCCAUCUAGUUGCCUAAAGACUGGGAAAAACACGGGUCGUUUUCCAGCCGGCUCGCCUAGACCCUCUCGCCUUCUUCCUGAGCUAGCGAGAGCGCGACUGCCCUCGGCUGAAAUCCACCCGAAGCGGUGUGGGGGGUCGAGACUCGAGGCGAUACGAAGCUAGGAUGAAUGUUUUAUUAAUUUAACACUCUGUAAGUUUGUGUAAGCUUGCACAAAAAAAUUAAUUGUAUAUAAUUACACUUAAAAGAGCAAGAAUUCCCAGCCUCCACCUUUUAAAGGUCAAGUAUGACACUACCUUUGCCGCAAGCAAUGCCAGCUGAGAAGUAAAAUACCUCUUGCUGAACGGUGGAUGCAGCACAAGAUCUGCAGAGGCUCUUAAGACAAAAACCAAGUAUUUAUUUAUGCUUAUAUGAAAGUCAUUUCUAACCCUCCUCCUUUCUGCAGCCACCUUCUCUCCGGGAUGAAGGCAGUCAUCGUGGGAUAGCGUGAGCGUGCGAACAUCCUCCCAAAAUGUGAAGCUGUCUUCUCUUGCGAGAAAAAAAAACCCAGCAGGUCAAGAGAUUGCACUGCCGGUAGCGCUGGAGGGCUGGGGUUGGUUUGACGACAGAAGGACCGUGUCUGCCAAAGAUGCCACCGACUCCGGAAAAGUUGCUUUCUGACCCUCCGGAGCUCUCUGCCCGGGAAAAGCCGUACAGAAAGGUCCGUGUUUGGAGUCAGUGAGAUCAGAUAAAUGAAGGAAAAGUGCCAAAAGAAGGGGUCGUGCCAGAUGAUUGUAUAAUGUUGUUCUAUAGCGUCAGUAUUUUUCUUCAAAUGCUCUUGUACAUGCAGUGCACCGUAGUCACGAAGUGUAGCUUGAACAAGCACUUCUUUGUAUUUUCUCCAUGAAAGCAAAGGGGGAGGUUGAAGCCUUAAAGACGAUCACUGAUCUUAAAAACCAAGCCUUUAGCGAUGCUCCGAGGCCAGACCCCAGGGCUCUGCCUGGACCCUCCCCCAGCCCUGGGCCGGCUCCCAGUCGUCCGGCGAAAGGUUGACGAGGAGCUUGUCCCGUGCGCAGGAGGGGAAGCGUUUGACAAUAGCCCGGCCCCUCGCGCUCGUUGGGGGACCCGAGACGAAAACUAACGACCGUUGGACGCGACGGUCUCGCGUGGCAGCGCGAUGGAGACCCGCGGCGUGUCCCCGUGGACGGCAGCUGGGUGGAACUGGGACGUGACGCCGGUUUGAACUACGGCGCGGAAGCUGGGAUGAUCCCUGCGCGUCAAACGCAUCUUCCCUGUGUCUGUAAACCACCAUGAAGCAUCAGCUCUAGAAUUAGCUCUUCACUAUGCAAACAGAAGAACCUUCAGCUGGUUACAAAGGGGGUUUGUGUAGACCUGGUUUCCUUGGUAUUUACUGUCAAACUGUUUAAAACAAAUCUAGGUGUUGCUACACUUUUUUUUUUUUUUCCCGAUAAUGCUUUAAAUCGUUGUGCUUUCGUGUUCUCCUCAGCUUGCCAGCAGAGCACCGGGGUGGUAAAAGACUUACGGUCGUUUUUGGGUCUCAGCUGAACCACCGUGGCUUCAUCCAAAUGUUUUAAAAAAGUGAUGGAAGUUACUGAAGGACUGUUGAGUUGCAUGUGUAAAAUGUGUGGGUAAAAUGACAUGCAGGCGUCUGUCAUGUUGUGGCUUCUGUUAUUUGGAACAGAGUACAUCCUGCUUGUGAAAAAAUUGUCACAAACCAGAAAUAUGCCAACCGUGUACAAAUAACAUGUACAUUUUAACAGCAACGAGGACUUUAACUGCAGGACAAAGGCCGAGGUUAAAACAGAAUAAAACCAGGUUCUGACAGUGAACUGUUUCUGCUGAAGUU